AUGAUUUUUAUAUUUCUUUUUUUUUUAAUUAUUUUUUUAAGUAAUAUGUCAACUUACAAAAAAGAAACCUCCUAUAAUGUUUAUUCUAUAGUUGCAGAUAAAUUUAAAAGAAAAAUGAGUUAUUUAUUGAAAAAGGAUGAUUACUAUUUUUAUCGUUAUAAUUUUAAUACAUUUUCAAAAGAACUUGAAAAACAAUUAAAAAAAAAAAGCAAAACAAAAAAUGAAUUGGGAAUGUUAAAUAAUGUUCUUGAUAAAUUAAGUUUUUUACAUAGUCAAAAUAAAAACAAAAAUUAUAAUAAAAAAUGUGAUAAAAAAUUUAAUAAAUGUUCAAAUGAGCUAAAAGUUGUGGUUAAACCACCACAUCUAUUUUUAAAAAAAAAUUUACCUUUUAAUUUUUUUAAUUUUGCAAACCUUAUUUAUAUUAAACAUAAAUUGAAAAGAAAUAUUUUGUUCUCAUUGAAUAAAAAGUCAUAUUCUUCAAUUAAUAAACACUCCUUUUCGACUAAUUACAAAAUAAUUAAACAUCCUGAUAAAAAAGAAAGUGAAGAUUGUUGUUUAAAUGGUCAAGAUUUCAUGGCAAUUGCUGAUGGAGUAGGAUCUUGGAUAAAAUACGGAAUAAACCCAAGAAAAUAUCCUGAAAAAUUUUUACAACUUCUACACAAAAAAAUAAAUGAAAAUAUUAAUAUGAAAAUAGAAGAUGCUUUAAAUUAUGCUUAUUUAAAUACAGAUAUUGAAGGAUCAGCAACUAUUUGCUUGAUCAUUUUUAAUAAUAACAAUACUGUAUCAACAGCAGUAAUUGGUGAUUCUCAAUUUAUGAUAAUUAGAAAUAAUAAUAUCAUAUACAAGUCAAAGCCACAACAAUAUGAAUUUAAUUUCCCUUAUCAGCUAGGUAGUAAUUCGUUAAGCAAACCAAAAGAUGCAGAAAUUGCACACAUAGAAGUUCAAAAAAAUGACAUCAUUGUUGCAGGAACAGAUGGUUUAUGGGAUAAUUUAUAUGAUAAUCAAAUAUUAAACAUAGUUAAAAAAAACGAAUUUUCAAUGUUAUCAGAAAAAAUAGCAAAUGAAGCUUUUAAUUAUUCAAAAAUGAAAAGAUGGAUGUCACCAUAUAUAAAAAAUUAUAAUAAAAUAUUUAAUUGUCAUAAAACAGGAGGAAAAAUGGACGAUAUAACUGUAUCAUGUGCACUUGUUUGUUAA